AUUGAAGUAAUAAAAAAUUGAGGAAGAAGCUCUUGUUCUGUACUGUUCUUCCCUCUUUCCCCGUAUCACACUCUUUAAAGAACUUGUUCAGACACACCCCAUUGUCUGUUCAGACAGAAAGACUAAAUUUUCCGACACCCCACAGCAUAAACUCAUCUCGCCCACUAUUGGGGGUAACAAACAUCCUUAAAAAGGGGUUUUUGAAAAGAGGGGUUUCAGGUUUCAAUCAGUUUCUGUUUCAGUUCAUUCAUUCCCAUAGCAAAAAGAGCUUCAAGUUGAAGUUCAAGUUGUUAUAUUAUUUCAGAUCAUGAAGAAGUUGAAGAACUAUUAUAUGCAUUUGCGGCAUCACCACCACCACGCCGAGCGGAGGUGGGUGUUCCCGCUGGCUGUGGGUUCGCUCCUCUCUCUCUUCCUCCUUUUCGUCGCCACGCUAACCUCGCCGGAGGGUACGCCGAUUCUCCCCUUCUACCGCUCGAUCACCGCCGCCUCGUACUCCGUCUUCGUUGAGUCCAAACUCCACCCACUCCCGGUACCGGCGCUCCCGCCGCCGCCGCGCCUGGCCUACUUGGUGUCGGGCUCCGCCGGAGACGGUGGCGCGGUGAGGCGUGUGCUGCUGGCGCUGUACCACCCCGGGAACCGGUACGUGGUGCACCUGGACCUGGAGGCCUCGGCGGAGGAGCGCGCGGAUCUGGCUAGGUUUGUGGAGGAGCACCCGCUGUUCCGGCAGUUCGGGAAUGUGAGGGUGAUAAAGAAGGCGAACCUGGUGACCUACAGGGGACCUACCAUGGUGGCCAACACGCUCCACGCCGCCGCGAUUCUGCUGCGGGAGCUCGGCGAUUGGGACUGGUUCAUCAACCUCAGCGCCUCCGAUUACCCUCUUGUUACACAAGAUGAUCUGCUGCACACGUUUUCCUACUUGCCACGGGAUCUGAAUUUCAUUGAUCACACCAGUGACAUUGGAUGGAAAGAUCAUCAGCGUGCAAGGCCGAUAAUAGUUGAUCCGGGGUUGUAUAUGAAUAAGAAGCAAGAUGUGUUUUGGGUUACACAGAGGAGGAGUAGGCCAACGGCUUUCAAGCUUUUCACAGGUUCUGCUUGGAUGGCACUGUCAAAAUCUUUCAUUGAUUACUGCAUAUGGGGAUGGGACAACCUACCUCGGACCGUACUCAUGUACUAUUCAAAUUUCAUAUCUUCCCCUGAAGGAUACUUCCACACAGUUAUCUGCAACGCUCAAGAGUUCAGGAACACAACUGUGAACAGUGAUCUGCAUUUCAUUUCUUGGGACAAUCCUCCCAAGCAGCAUCCUCACUACCUUACAGUUGAAGACAUGAAAGCAAUGGUUGACAGCAAUGCUCCAUUUGCAAGGAAGUUCCAUAGAGAUGAUCCUGUGUUGGAUAAAAUUGAUGCUGAACUAUUAUCCAGAGGUCCUGGAAUGACUGUUCCCGGAGGUUGGUGCAUAGGAAAAAGAGAGAACGGCACCGAUCCCUGCUCUGAGAUCAGUGACACUACAGUCCUCCGGCCUGGCCAAGGUUCCAAGAGGCUUGAAACAUUGAUCAGCUCAUUGCUGUCAAAUAAGAAGUUCCGGCCGAGACAAUGCGUGUGAGGUGAAGAAGAAGAAGAAGGACCAACUGGCUAUGGUGGUCUUCUAGAUCAUUAUUUUUCACUGGCUUUAGUUUACAUGUCCACGGUUAGUUAGCUGAUGAGUAAAUUAGGAUUUCUUUCCACUAGGAGAAGAAAUAGUGAGAAGUAUACAAAGUGUUUGAUAUUGAGGGAAAAAAAAAAGUGAGACAAGUCUGGUGAAAUGAGGUUGACUGCAGAGUUGGAUCAUCUACUGUAAUACUAUGGUACAUAUGACAGUUCACCCUGUUGUCCCUAGUCACCACCUCUUCCCCCAAUUUUUGACAUCAAUGAAGCCAGAUGAGUUGUGUGACCAUCUUUGAAGGUUCCCCAGCUUUUCUGUUGAGCAAGAAAAAGAGGGAUAAAGAGGAUGAUAUAUGGUAAGUGGGGGUGACAAAAGUUAAAAAUUUGUGUGAAAUGGAAUGGAACUACUUUUUCAUGUAUUAUCUUUACAUGUUAUUUUCUAAUUGAUGUUGUUAUACAACUAA